CAGGACGUCGAGGCGCUCAAGGGCCUCACCGUCGGCUGGCAGGCCAAUGGCCAGGGCUUUCCCGACACCGACCCCUGCGGCGGCUGCGCCGGCGGGGGCGGACCCAUCGACCCCAAGGACGUCUGCACCGGCAAGGUGCCGACUGGCUGCCUGUGCAAGACCGUGGACGGCGCGUACAUGCCUGGCUGGGACAUGCCCUUCACCGAGGCUGGCCACAUGGGCUCGGCCACCGACGGCGACAGCGACGCCGUCAUGGGCUUGAUUUACCUCGCGGAGCUCACCGGGGAGCGGGAGUACCAGGAGGUACGCCGUCAAGUCCAUCGCCGCGUUCGUGCUCGAGGACCUCGGCUUCGCCGACCCCGAGAAGAACUCGAGGCCGGUGCCAGCGGCGGGCGACAUCCCGGCUAGCCUGCAGACAAUGUGGAGGGGCGGCACGUGCUGGGGCGGCUACGAUACCUCUGCGGAGGGCGAUGCGGACAACCGCAACCUGUGCAUCAACCCUGCCUACUUCUCACCUGGAGACCAACCAGUGGCGCGCCUUCUCCAAGUUCCUGCUGAAGCACCCGGACCUCGUCCCGGCGCCCUACGAGGCGGCGGCCUUGGCGGCCGUGCUGGACAGCGCCAUCGCCUGGGGCUACAACACGCUCAUGAGGAUUUCGUGCGGGAAUGGCCUGGUGAGCAACUGGUGGUCCGUGCCAGACAACGGCUGGCCGUGGAAGGGCGAGCUCAAGUGCACGAACUCGGGCACGGCCGCUGGCGCCUACUACUCCGACGCAGCCCGCAUCCCGUGGCGCGUGACGCUGGACUACCUGUGGUUCGGGGACGAGUCCCGGGCCGACAUCUACGACGAGGACGGCAAGAUCCUGGGCACGUGGGGCGCCCAGGAGUAUGCCAACCGCUGGGCCUCUGGCUGGAAGGAGCUGAUCGAGGCGCAUCCGGACGCAUCUCCCGGAGUCUACCCGCCCAUGAGCGCGGGCGCCACCCCGAUGCGGUCGGACCAGGUGUUGCCCCUGCUGUCCGACCUCGAGAAGUGCUCCUUCGUCCCCGAGGGCUUCACCGCCUCUCCCUGGAACGGCUGGGGCGCGUACCCCGUAGUGACGUGCUUCCAAGUGCCCAUGAGUGGCGUGGACGACGCGGUCAUGCAGGAAUGGGUGGAGUUCCUGGGCCAGGUGGGCUUCGACGCGUGCACCAACAAGCAGUACUUCGACCUGGGGCAGGAGGUCGUGGUCAGCGCCAUGCUCGGCGGCGUCGCCUGGCUGCCCAAGUCCCUCGGCGGCGCUGGUCCGGUCCGCCCCGCGGCGGUGCACGCGCCGCGGCCGACUCCGACUCCCGCGAAGGCUGAGCCCACCGACGUCGUGACGACCCCCCUGAUCGUCCCCCAGUCUCAGCAGGUGCCGACCUCGUACCCGCCCCCGUCGACGUCGGCCGCUCCCACCACGUACCCAGAGGUCCCACUGCCCGUGCCCGUGCCCCAGCCCGUGCCGGUGCCGCUUCCGGCUCCGACCGAGGAGGCGCCGUCUGGCCCGUGGAACCCGUUCGCGGCAAUCCGGGACGCGUUCGCGGCGUUGAUCGGGCGCAGCGAGCUCCCCAAGGAUGACGUCGACAUCGCCACGGCGCCAGAGGAGCACCACCACCACGCGCUCGCGGCCCGGCUGCACGCAAGAGCGCGUUUCCAAAAAGACUGCCUCUAAGAGCGACCUCUCGCUGGAGUGCCCUCUGGUGUGCGGCUUUCCGGGGGUAGGCUGCCACUGCUGCAUCUCUGACAUCUUCGUGUCGUGAACAAGGCAAGGCGGGUUGAGCAUUGAUCAUGGGUGGAGCUAGCUCUUGAAUGAUUAGUGGCACGGAGAUGCCGAUUCUUUCCAUUGCGUAUAUUGCUCAAGAUUUUUAGCGGCCCCACCGUCCUUCCCCCUUCUCUUCCCUCUUCUUCUCCCUAUCGGGGCUUCAGUUCUUUGGAGGCAGCGAACUGCCAACUCUCGAGCCGCCCACAGCAUGGGCGACGCGAUUCGCUACUGCAGGCAUGGCCAUAAUCUUCUGGCCUGGCAAAAAAGAGCUUGGGCAUUGUCACUUCUUGGCAUGGAGUUGAACGUUCGUUGAUCAUUAUUUUUCCAGCCGCUGGGGGCCCUCCCCGAGACCCGGGGCCGUAAAGAACGGCUCGGGAUGAAAAGCUGGUCUCUGGGGAAGGGCCAGAAGGGGCUCCAGGCCGCUGGAGAGCCGCGUGGCGAACAAACCAUGACGUCAGAUGCCUGGGAUCGCAUGGUCCAAAUCCGCUCUACAUCGGCCCCUGGACCCCUCACGGGGUCCAGCCCGUUUUUCCGAAACGGGUCCGGCCGUGGCGACGAGACGCUUCCAGGAGACCCCCAAAAACCGCCGAAAAGAGCCUCAGGGAGUGCCGCCGCUGACUCGAACGGCCCCCCCCCAUCUGAGAUCGGCAGGCCGCGCACCAGAGGCCACUCUUGCCACGGGCCAACUUCUGGCAUCCGCCGAUCCGAUAUUUGCACUUCACGGCCCUCGGAGGUUACGACCGCUUUCCUGGGUGUAUUAUUUCGCCCCGCAUCCAGUUUUGAUUCUCCCGGAGCCUGGAAGCGAUCACCCGACGGCCGACACCUAGGAACAACGCCUGGACUGAGAGCGGCAGAUCGUCGCAGAUCCGGGCCCUCUCCGUGUCAGCCGAGAGGCCCCUUGUGGCGACCCGAUAGUUUCGAGCCUCGGGACGCCGGACCUCCUCGACCCUUUCCUUCGAUGCUCGUUUUGGGGGCCUUCCUGGGGCCCACCUACAG